GGUGAUGCAAGUGGUGUCGAGGGUUCCUGGUUCAGUGGACUGAAUAGCGGAAAAGCCAUGGCGGCUAAUUGUGCAAGAAGAAUGCUUCGAGUCUCUUCAGGAUCGGCGAAAACCCUCAUAAGCCGUUCGAAGACAACAGCGUCGCCUUUCGCUUCCAAAGCUGCUAAGUUGAGUGGUCUUGGCCCUGCUAAUCCCACCUCUGUUUCUCGAAUCUCCAGUCAGAGACCCAUCUUCUCUAGGCUACCAGCUGAGUUGGGUGGUGCAUUGUCUUUGAUGCCAUUGCAUAGCGUAACUGCAUCUGCCCUGUUCACUUCAUUGCUGUCGUUGAACAAUGUCAACUGGGGAUGUCUAUCAGAAGGCUUUGCAACUCCUCUAUAGCAUGGCCUGUGGAGACUUGUCUCUAGGAACUGGUGAGAUCAUCUUCAGCGGGAGAUUUUGUUUUCUGGCAUGUUCCCUAUUGCAAUUGAACAUGUGUUCCGCCUCACAAUGAGAGCUAUAUUUAUUUGAUGAACAAAAAAAUUGUCCUUGGAAGUCUUCCCUGACAGCUUGUACUGGAUCCUGAUGAUUCUGAGAAAGAAAAAUUUACGAUUUUUGCCUCAGAACUCCACACAAUUUGUAGUAAUAGCUUUCAGUUAAGCUUGUGAUUGAUUUAGAUACGAUGCUUUCUGAGUCACACUCUUUGAAGGUAUAUGACAUACUGGCUUCGAGGAACAUGAUGAUUCAUGUUUUUGGGUGCUAGAGGUGGAGAGCUUUUGGCACCGGCCAUAUUGAAUUGUGGUUUAGAAAGUCAUGUUAAUUUAAAGCCAUUUCAUGUGA